GGAGAGAGCGAGAUGCGCGCGCCUCUCGGCGAGCCCCCACUGUUUGAUUACACUCUUCCUGCUCCACGCGAGGGUCAAGGCGGCAAGAGGAUAAUUUCCCUCCAAAUACAAAACAACAACAAAUUAAUAAGUAGGAAUAAAGAGUAGCGUCGCAAGGAGUGACUUCCCACGGAGGCGUUGGCACGCGUGGGGACGAGACGCAUGCUGAAGAAUGCAAGCCAGGACGCCGCGGGUGUUCUCAACUAUUUUUUAAAUUUGAUGGACUUUUUUUAACGGAUUUUCCAACCACCCACGGAUUGCACAACGAGGAAAAUUUAAAAGGCAAAUCUGCCAUAUUGGGAAGUGACCUUGACGGCGGAUUAUGUGAUCCUGACACUUUGAGAAUGAUGCUUUCAACCUAUUUUUAUUUAUUUGAGUACAUAACUUUUUUUAACCAGCCCACCUCAUGGACGCAUUGGUAGGCUUUUACCAAUCUACAUUAAAAGACAUUGAAGAAAUAUAACCAACAGCAGCGGUGGGUUUCGAUCCAGGUAGCUGAUAUAGUCAAGUGGAAACGCCUGGAGUACCCAUUAAACAAAUCAGAUAAACGCACUGCGAAAGCCGUCGAUAGCCGUUAUUGACGAGGUGCUAUAUAAAGCUAAUGACUGGACCUGACAGCCAGCACUCAACGCAGCUCGGCAACAAACGUGGUUGGGAAACUUUCCCAGGAGGUCGACGGUAGAGUAACAUCAGUCUUUUCUGCGGUCUUUGAAUGCACCAUAUGAGCAGAGCAGUAAUCGAACCGAAUAAUAUGCACAGAAUAUUUGGCGACUGCUGAUGCCAGGAUAGUUGGCGAGAUUCUGACCACCGAAAGCCAGGAUGGCGGUUCUGACCAGGUGCCUACGGCUGACCCAGGUGACUGGAGAAGCGGCGCGGAGAUGGCCGACCUUUCAGUCCUGAGACCCUUCCGUGGAGCGGUACAGCUGCAGCGGUUGGGGGAUGUGAUGGGGUGACGGUUUACGCCCCCACUACCCUGAUCCCUAAAAUCCCACCCAUCCCAGAAACGAUCUUGCGUAAACAAUGGAUCACAAUUUCUCGAUGGUUCGAGACGGCAGACAGCCGCUGCCUGAACGCGACUCGUCCAAACGGGUUCUGACGGGAUGCUUCCUAUCCCUCCUUAUCUUCACCACAUUGCUGGGCAACACGCUGGUGUGCGUCGCUGUCACCAAAUUUCGCCACCUACGCUCCAAGGUCACUAACUUCUUCGUCAUCUCCCUGGCCAUCUCCGACCUCCUGGUGGCCAUCCUGGUGAUGCCUUGGAAGGCCGCGACGGAGAUCGUAGGUUUCUGGCCCUUCGGAGCGUUCUGCAAUGUAUGGGUGGCGUUCGACAUCAUGUGCUCCACCGCCUCUAUCCUGAACCUUUGCGUGAUCAGCGUGGACCGCUACUGGGCCAUCUCGAGUCCAUUCCGCUACGAACGCAAAAUGACCCCCAGAGUGGCAUGUCUGAUGAUCAGCGUGGCAUGGACGCUGUCCGUUCUCAUCUCUUUCAUCCCCGUUCAGCUGAACUGGCACAAAGCUCAGACGACCAGCUACGCCGAGCUCAACGUAACCUACCCGGGCGAGCUGCCUGCUGACAACUGUGACUCCAGCCUUAACCGGUCUUACGCCAUCUCCUCGUCGCUCAUCAGUUUCUACAUCCCCGUGGCAAUCAUGAUUGUCACCUACACCCGCAUCUAUCGCAUCGCCCAAAAACAGAUCCGGAGGAUAUCCGCACUGGAGAGGGCCGCUGAGAGUGCCAAAAACCGCCACAGCAGCAUGGGGAACACGUCCAACCCGGAGAGCGAGAGUUCGUUCAAGAUGUCGUUCAAGCGAGAAACCAAAGUGUUAAAGACGCUCUCGGUCAUCAUGGGAGUGUUUGUGUGCUGCUGGUUGCCCUUCUUCAUCCUCAACUGCAUGGUCCCCUUCUGUGAGGCCAACCUGCCCGAGGACGCCAACGACUUCCACUGCAUCAGCCCGACCACCUUUGACGUGUUUGUGUGGUUCGGCUGGGCCAACUCGUCGCUCAACCCCAUCAUCUACGCCUUCAACGCUGACUUCCGCAAGGCCUUCUCCAUUCUGCUGGGCUGCCACCGCCUCUGCCCUGGGAGCAACACCAUCGAGAUCCUCAGCAUCAAUAACAACGCCGGAGGGCCCCUUCCCAAUGCCAGUUGCCAGUACCAACCCAAAAGCCACAUUCCAAAGGAAGGCAACCACUCGGUGGGCUGCGUGAUGCCCCACAGCAUCCUGUGUCAGGAGGAGGAGUUACACAAGCUGGAUGGAGGCGUCAUGGACGAGAUGGAGGUAGGUGUCGUGAACAAUGCCUUGGACAAACUGUGCCCGGCCAUCUCGGGGAAUUUAGACAGUGACACGGAGAUCACUCUGGAAAAGAUCAACCCCAUAACGCAGAACGGACAGCACAACGCCAUGUCGUGCUGAACACUGUGUAUGGACAUCUUGCCUGACAGCGACCUAGCGAGUGUGUUACAUCCUGCAGGACCGUCGGCCUGUCGACAUUGAUCCAACAAGGGAAAAACAAAACAUUUUGAAUGUUUCCAACUCAAAGGCACUUUAUCCUGGCUAAACACACUGCAAAAUUCUGGCAUGUCAUCGCAUACUUCGGGUGCAUACAUGUGCAUCCUGUACAGUAAAGACUGACUUUUAACAGUAUAGCGCAGAAGAUGUAGAAAAUGUUAGCAAAACGGGUUGUUUCAUUAAUGCAGUUGAUAUCUGAUUAUAUUUUUAAUUGCAGUAUAAACGUGGCAGUUUUCUUUGGAGAGUCAACCUUUGCAGGCAGCCAAAAGAUUAGGGUGCUUCGGCUCUAUUUGGCAGGGGACCGGAUUUGGCAACUGAUGUGGGAGUUCAAAAUGGACAGGAGAAUGUUUUUUUUUUUUUUUUAAAGCCAUUCUGAAGUCUCUCAAAAACCAUGUACAGUGAACCCC